UCAAGAUAAAGACCACAUGGUCACACACUUCAGACCAAACCAGAUUCAAGGAACAUGCUUAGAAGAAAAAACACAACUCCAAAUUUUUCUUCAUUCUCUCUCAAAAAAAACUAUACUUUCAUCUUUGAACUUCAAAAGGGUCAUCAAGAAAUCAUCAAAGAUAUAAUCUUUUGUGAAAAUUCUUGUAAAGUUUGAAUUUUUAUUUGGUGGGGUUUUUUUAAAAUUUAAAAAUGUCUACUUUCCCAAAUACCGUGUCAGAUGGCCGGAGAGUAGCCGGAAAAGCGCCGGAGAAGUUUAAAUUUUCACAGACUUGUAGUCUCUUGAGUCAAUUCUUGAAGGAAAAGAGAAUUUCUGGUGAUUCUGCUUCUGGAUUGUUUGGGAAAAUGGAUCCUAAAGCUAGUACAAAGGAUUUGUUAGGCAAUAUGCAAAAUUCAGAUGGGGGUUUGAGACUAAAUGCAUCAACUAUUGAUUCUCUUCCUCAGCUUGUGGAAAAUCCUUGCAUUAAGAAGUCUAAUAUAAGAUCAACGACACCGGAAACACCUCAAUUGACACUAUUCUAUGCCGGGAAAUUGUUAGUAUUCGAUGCUUUUUCGCCUGCGAAAGCAACCGAGAUCAUGGAACUGGCUACCAAGUUAGCCUCUGAAAUUCCAAGCACUGAAGAAAAUCCACCUAGUGCACCUAUCACUAGUGAAAAAUCAAAGGAGUCCAAAGUUCCUCAAACAAACACUGCCUUAGAAACACCGAAACAAGGAAACAAAACCAAUUGUUCAGAUAUGAGAUAUCCAAGAAGAGCUUCACUUCUUAAGUUCCUUGAGAAAAGAAAAGAAAGGGUUGUUGCUAGAGGACCUUACCAAAUAAACAAUCACAAAAAUGAGGGCAGUAGUUCAGGAAGUGAACCUAAAGAUCAACAAUGUUCUGAUCAAUUUGACCUUAACUUAUAGUGAUUUAAGUUCAUCAUGAUGAAGAUUAGGUUAUACCAGCCAAAUUACCUUUUCCUAACUAUGCCCUUAAAAGGUUGUUGUGACCUUCAUAUAGAUUUAUAAGAGAGAGAUAUAUAUUUGUAUGUAUUAUUUUAUCAAUCAAAUAGGUCCAAUAUGCUUUGGGAUCAAACCAGCAAGAUUAAUUAGUUUUAUUACUCUAAGAUUGGUUGAUGAUUAGAUUCAGAAAAUUGCAAGUUUUUUUUGUUUGUUCA